ACGCUAGCAACAUUGUGUUCAGCUGUCACGUUUUCGGAACGGAUCGUACGAUUUUUGCAUUUCUCGAUUUUUAUUUUCCAAUAAGCAUAAAAUGGCCAAGAAAACUUACGACUUAUUGUUCAAAUUACUUCUGAUCGGCGAUUCCGGCGUUGGUAAAACAUGUAUAUUGUUCAGAUUUUCAGACAACCAUUUUACGACGACGUUUAUAUCCACUAUCGGAAUCGACUUCAAAAUCAAGACAGUGGAGCUGCGGGGUAAGAAGAUCAAGUUGCAGAUCUGGGACACAGCGGGGCAGGAGCGCUUCCACACCAUCACCACCUCCUACUACCGCGGGGCCAUGGGCAUCAUGCUGGUCUAUGAUAUAACAAACGAAAAAACAUUUGAUGAUAUUGUUAAAUGGUUAAGAAACAUAGAUGAGCAUGCUAAUGAGGAUGUGGAGAAGAUGAUCCUGGGCAACAAGUGUGAUAUGGAGGAGAAGAGAGUCGUCAGCAAAGAGCGUGGAGAAGCGAUCGCGCGCGAGCAUGGCAUCCGGUUCAUGGAGACGUCGGCGAAGGCCAACAUCAACAUUGACCGCGCGUUCUCGGAGCUGGCGGAGGCCAUCCUGGACAAGACGUCGGGCCGCGAGGCGGACGCCGACCACGCGCGCAUUGCCGUGGAGCGCCGGCCCAGCCGCGCGCCGCCCACGCGCGCCUGCUGCAACACGUAAUGUAAAGUUGGAGCUGUACAUACGCGACAUUAUCGUCGAGGACUAACAGUCAAGACUGCCAGAUUUUUGCUAUACACAUAAACCACAGUUUAUAACAUAACACUGAAUAAGUAAUGAAAUUGUUUCCGAGAUUAAAUGUUUGUAGGAUAGACAGUAGGUAACAUUAUAUUGAACUUUUCGAGUGUUUCUCUCGCUGCUCAGUCACUUUUGAAGACGCAUUUUGAGGCUGCUUUGAAGUCUUUUAAAUCGUUACAUACUGGUUACAUAUGGUGUUGCAAUGGAGUUUUAUUGAUUUUAUGUUUUUACUUCUUUAGUUUGCUCGGUAAUGCAUUUCGGCACGACACUCGCAUAUUUUGCUUAAAUAUUAAGCUUAAGUUUGGUAUGUAUGGCUAUUGCAACCGCACGGGAGCCACCCCCGCACGAGCUUGGAGUCGCGUCAUCAUCGACAUAUCUGUAUAAGCAAUACCGCGCCGGCUGUGUGGCGGCUGCGUUCUCUUCUAUCGUGAUGUAUAAUGUAAUUAUCGCAAGCAUUGCCACACCUCAUGCAUUUAGUUUAUAUCAAAUCAAAUUGGUUGUCGUUAGGUCAGGUGUGCUUUGUAUGUUGCUGUACAACAAAUUUGCUGCGAUGGUCGAAACGCACCUGACCUGAUGUUAAUCAUGGUUGGUCAGUUGAAUCAACUUGUACACAGUCGUUAUUGCAAGGCAAGUCGCCCAACUCGCUGCAAAUGACGGUAUCGGGUCAUUUCUCGCAGGUUGGCCGAUGACUAGGUAGUUAUUAAGUGAUAAUAUACGUUGAGGAAUAAAUUACUAUUUUAUCGUACGGUGUAUGUGUCAGUUUUUACCCGCUUUUAUAAAUAAACAAUGGCAUUGUAUAUUAUGUUCAUAUUAAACUACUUAUCGUAA